CGCGCGGGCGAAGGACUAGACGGUGGCCGAGAGGGCGCCCGGAGGUGGACGGUGGCCGACGAGGUUCGGCAUGGAGCAUCUGGAGCGCUGCGCGUGGUUCCUCCGCGGGACGCUGGCGCGGGCGGCCGUGCGGCGGUACCUGCCCUGGGUGCUGGCGGCCUCCAUGCUGGCGGGCUCGGUCCUCAAGGAGCUGUCCCCGCUGCCCGAGAGCUACCUGAGCAACAAGCGCAACGUCCUCAACGUGUACUUUGUCAAAAUGGCCUGGGCCUGGACGUUCUGUCUCCUCCUCCCUUUCAUUGCCCUCACCAACUACCACCUGACAGGCAAGGCUGGCCUGGUUCUGCGGCGGCUGAGCACCCUGCUCGUGGGCACAGCCAUCUGGUAUGUCUGCACGGCCCUCUUCUCCAACAUCGAACAUUACACAGGCAGCUGCUACCAGUCACCCACGCUAGAGGGGGUCCGAAAGGAGCACCAAAGCAAGCAGCAGUGCCACCGGGAAGGGGGCUUCUGGUAUGGCUUUGACAUCUCAGGCCAUUGCUUCCUCCUGACCUUCUGCGCCCUCAUGAUCGUGGAGGAGAUGGCUGUGCUGCAUGAGGUGAAGACAGACCGGAGCCAUCACCUCCACACUGCCAUCACCACCCUGGUCAUCGCUCUGGGCUUCCUGACCUUCAUUUGGGUGUUGAUGUUUCUGUGCACAGCCGUUUACUUCCAUGACUUGUCCCAGAAAGUGUUUGGUACCUUGUUUGGUUUGCUGGGCUGGUAUGGGACAUAUGGGUGUUGGUAUCUGAAAUCAUUCUCCCCAGGACUUCCUCCACAGAGCUCUAGUUUGAAGCAAGACAGUUAUAAGAAAUAAAAGAGAAACAAGGGGGAGAAGUAGGACAGUGGCUAAUCUGUCUUCUACAGAUUUUGUUUAGUUACUGGCUGAAUUACCCCACUUCAGAGAAGAAGCUUUGCAGGCAGUUUUGGGGUGGGUAGAGUCUGGGGAGCAAGUUCUCAGACUUCUUGGUGACAUCACCUAUGUCCUAAAUAGCACUGUUCCUAUCAGGCACUUUAGGACUUGACCCUUUGUCCCUAGAGGGAAGCAAUAAGGCUCAGCUAAGUGACAGAAUCCAGAAAGCCUCUGUCUGGUCCAUCCGUUGUGAGGCCAGAGCCGCAGGACUCCUCUGCUGCUGUCUCCCUGGUUCUAGUUCUCUUCAUUUUAGUGACUGUCAUUGCUGAGAUUUUGACAGCAUUUCCCCCUGGUUGAUUUUGCAUAAGUGUUUAUUUACAACAGGGUUCUUUAUGAAACACCCAGAUGCCUGAGAGACAUUCUCUGGUUGUAUCUGUUUCCUCUGAGGAAUGUUGAAUAUUUGUACCUGGCUGUGAUCAGCCUCCCCAACGGCCGUUAAACUGCGGUGCCUGGAUGAUUUUUAUGUAAUGAACAAUAAUUUUGUGUUCAUAGUCGAUUGUUAUAUGUUGGUUUUUGGAGCAAUAAGCUUACUCUUUCUUUCUCUUCUAAUGUCAGUGAAUGCUUUAGAGUUUUUAAUAACAACGAUGGCUUUGUUCUUUAUCAACAAAACUCCUGAAGUCACUCACAGUUUUAAGGCUACACUUUGGCCCAUGUAGAUUGUUUUGAGGUUUUUUUUUUUUUUAAGAACACUAAUUUGUUUUUACAAACCAAACUCUUGGCUUAUAGUAUUAAAUUCCACCUUGUGGGGUUUCCUCUGUUAAGAAUAAACCUGGAAAGCAGGCAUUUUAAUAAUUUGAUGUAUUUUGCAAAAUGUGUAUUUGUGCCGGAGCUUUCCUGACCAUGUGUCAGUGGUAUAGACUGUACAGUCAUAUGAUACGUGCAUUGGUCACUGUGCAGUGGCCCAAGGCAUUUUUAUUAUUGGACAAGAUUAUGAUAGUUUAGAAGUGAAGUAAAAUGUCUCCCUCUGAAGCAAGAAGCCAGCCUAUUUGCAAAGACAGGUGGCGUGACCUUGGCCCCACCUCCUCCUACUUGUAUCAUCCACAGAGCAACACAAAACUUGGGCCUGUUCACUGGCCUUGAACUCAGUUCACCUUUCUUUCCUCCUUGCAGCACUUCCCAGGCACCAACCCUGUUCUGUGCCUUUGCUAAGAAUCCUGAGAAGGGAUAGAUGUUUGUCACCUCCAUCCCACAACACACAGUUCCCCUCUCCGCUCCCAGACUUUCUCCUAUGAAGCUGCUUUGAUGUCUUUUUCCCAGUGGGGCCAGAUAAUAGCAUUGACUAAUAAGCUCUACACUUGACUGACUCGACCCAAGCUUAGCUUGUUAGGAGCUGAGCAUAUCUUCAGGGUAAAUCUUUUUAUAUAUGAAGAUAUUUAAAAUAUGUAUUUCAUAUCCUAUUGAGCUGCAGUCAACUUUAAAGUUGAUUAAAAGGUAAGGCAAUGGCUGUCAUUAUGGUGCUUUGGCAAGAUGUGACAGGUUAACAUAGAGGAUAUGUCACCCCUAGAGUUUUCCACCCAUACCCUGGGAGGUGGGACUGGUACAGAUGGCAGGGGCUUGUCACAGGGUUGAAGUCUCUGUUUCAUGUUCUUGUCACAGGGGUUGAAGUCUGUGUUUCAUGUUCAGCACCAAAAGGGAACAGGCACAGUUCUGUCCAGAAGUUCAUUUGUCACACUUCAGUCUGCAGACAUUUUUCUCAUGUGGUCUGAUCCAGGCGUAACACUAAAUUGAUCCUAUGGGAGCUGUCAGUUACCCUACCCAGCCUGUGUAUGGAUGGGGCUUCCACCACUUGCUCACUUUUGGUGCCUCCCCCCACACCUUUUUCCUCCACGGUGCUGGGGAUGGAGCCCAGCAUCUCACGCAUUCUGGGCAAGCCCUCUACCCCUGAGCUAUAUCCCUAGUCCCCUCAGCCCCCUUGCCUUCUCAGGAGCAUGCACUCCCUCACAUGUGAGACGGCAUGGCAUGAAUGAUAGGAUGCAGGCUUGCGUUGUACCACUCCCAAUGGCCAUGCGACCAUGUGGGCAACCUUGUCUUCCUCAUCUGUAAGGUGCAGGUGAUACUGUUAGGAUUCGAGGAAGGGAUGCGUAUUAAAGUGCUGACCAUAUGUGCUUAGUAGGCAAUUAGCUCCCCACCUCCUUUCUCUUGACAACUUUGGAAUGUUCUAGCUUCUCCAGAGAAGGCAGAGAAACUAACAUCUCUUGGGGGUCACUUGGAGUCUGGAUCACCCAUUGUAAUCGUCUCAUAUCAUCUUGUGAAAAGUGUCUGUUGUCCCCAGGAGCUGAACACAAGGCUCUGGGGGCAUCUGAGGGCGGAGUCCUGCCGUGAGUAUUUUGCCUCUGUGGAGGUCUCUCACUCAUUUCCAUGUGCAUCUGUCAUCGUCUGAGUACCAGAUUGUAUUUAGAGAAUGGCUUUUGCCACUGUUAUGUAUACACAGAUCCUGUGUGUAAACAAGCAAAUUA